AACGAGUAUUAAUUCUGGAGGAACUACUCACUUCUUUUCGUCAUUUAUUAAUACACCCAUUCGUAGUCCUCGAAAAGAUUUAGCUGUUUUAAGGAAGUUAUAUUUUCAUUUCAAAUUAUUUAUAUGCUUGUUUAAAAUUGCCAAUCAAAAAUUAAAGUAAUUUAGCCGCUCUUGUAAAAAAAUUAAUACUAUCAAGAGUAAGUAUAUUAAGAAUAUGUCAGCAGAGUCACACGCCGAACACGGUAUUCAUGAUGAGGACAUACACGACAGCACGUACCAGCCACCGCCGGAAAAAACUAUCGAGGAAAUAAUGGCUGUGGAUCAAGAGGAUGAGAGUUUACGUCGCUACAAAGAGGCUUUGUUGGGGCCUGCACAGGCUGAAAAAAUUAUUGUUGAUGCAAAUGAUCAACGCAAAGUGAUCGUGAAGAAAUUAGCUUUGGUAGUUGAGGGUCGAGAUGAUAUGGAGCUUGAUUUAACGGGUGAUAUAAGUCAACUAAAGAAACAGGUAUUCGUCAUUAAAGAAGGAGUUCACUAUAAAGUGCGCAUAGACUUUAUUGUGCAAAGAGAGAUUGUUCAUGGCCUUAAAUACGUACAAAAGACUUAUAGAUUGGGUGUACCAGUUGAUAAAAUGACUCAUAUGGUUGGCUCAUAUCCACCGAAAAAAGAAAUUCAAUUCUACUUAACACCAUCUGAAGAAGCACCAGCAGGCCUGAUGGCACGUGGKACGUAUUCAGUUGCAUCGUUAUUCACCGACGACGAUAAGCACAUACACUUGAAAUGGGAUUGGACUUUCGAAAUAAAAAAAGAUUGGGAAUAAAGAAGUACCAAAAUCAGAAGCUAUCACAACUCUUAUAAUAUAAACAGUUUUUAGCUGGAACGCUCUCCUAACUUGAUCUAAAGCAAUUUUUACGACAUCCGAAAGAACUGAAUCCUUUUGCUUCCUUUAAUUUAAGAAAAUACUAAAGUAUUCUAAAUUGUGUAUUUAAGCAAUGGCAGUCGCCAGUUUUGAUGUAUGUAUAGCAUUUCGAAAUUUUAUUUCUUUACUUUAAUAAACAAAAUGUGUUUUUUUUUUUGAGUUGUGUAUAGAUAAGUUCAUAU